GCGGCCUACUGAUGACAAUUUUGUACUCAUGGAGCGCAUAUUGUGUUUUAAGUUUAUUUAAAUUGUUUCACUGGUUACGACAGUGGCGUAUUGACGGUCUUGGAACGGGCUUCCACACCGCUUACCGGUCUUGGCUAACAUACGCACUGCGUCCACCAUCGCAAGGCUUUCUUGUCUCUACGAAUGAACCCAGGAGUCUAAUAAAAUCUGAUAACGGACGACCUGGUCACGACGUUGACAAUGCACCGAUAUUUAGUUGCGUUGCAACUGGCUCUCUGUUUAUUUCCUCUCGUCUCCAGUUACACUUGGUCCUUCACUACCACACCCCAGCAAUGCGCCACUUUAUCCCUACAGAUAUCUGGCUCUGGCUCUCCUCCAUACAGCGUUUUAGUCAUUCCAUAUGGUCCAACGCCACUCCCGAAUAACACAGAGGUCCGCACCAUCGUAUAUCAACAGUUUGAUGGUAGCUCCACCACUACCAGCUUCCAGCUCAAAUACCCGUCCACAUCCCAGUUCGUCGCCGUGGUCAGCGAUAGCACUGGUUUUGGAUCUGGCGGGACUAGCGUUGCUGCUUCAGUGAUGAGCAGUAGUGACAGCAGCUGCUUUAACCCAAAUACAACCGUCAUGCCAGAUUUUCCAUUCAACAUAUACCCCACCAACCAGGUAGUCCAAUGCAACGCAAGUAGAUUGUGGUGGGACCCUACUCAAGUCGAAGGCACUCCAUCCUUCCAGGGUGUCAUUCCUGGUGGACAAUCCUUUUCAAUUCCCGAAGGCCAGAUAACACAGGUAUCUGACCAGGGCACUGGGUUUAGCUGGAUACCCUCUGUCCGCGAAGGCUCCACGCUUAUCAUAGUUGCCGGUGACGACCGUGGGCUUGGUACAGGAGGAAGCGGGCUGUAUACUGUCUCACAAGGCAUAUAUCCAAACAGCUCUUGUUUGACCUCCACCUCGCCCUCAUCCACUAUUGGUUCUCCCGCAGGUGGCACAUACCCAACUAACGCCAGCGGUGCAGAAACCACCGGUGGCGUUAUCGGCGGCCUUGCUGCACUCGUCAUCCUCGCGCUCGCAGGGUUUUACUUUAUCCGUCGUAGAACCGCCGCCAAGGUCACGAAGGAACGUCCCGUCGACCUCCUCCAAGGUGAUCCAGAAGAUGAUCGUGAUUCAGCACGCGAUGAUCUCGGGAAUUACUACCGUCCUGAACCCUUCCUCGCCACUGAGCCGACAGAAACAUCUUCUAUUUAUGGACGUGAGGAGGGCAGAACUGGCACAAUCACGUCAGGCUCACGUCACGGCACCUCGGAUCGUAGACAGUCUGUACUCGGGAGUUUCAGCGAUAUGCGGUCUGCGACGCCUGACUAUGAAAUGGGUAUCACUGGUGGUACUACUAUCCCAAACAGCUCCCGCAAAUCUCCCAUGCCAAGACAGCUCCGGCCUGUUAACAUUAUUCAGCACGACGACGCAGGCACUGCAGACGAGCAGGCCGAGGGACAGCCAGACACCGUUGAACUUCCCCCUGCAUAUACUAAUAUUCGAAAACCAAAUACAAAUUGAAUUAUUCGCUUUAACAAUUCAUUUACUCACAUUCCUAACCAUCUUCCUUUUCUCUUUCGUUCACACUUUACAUAGGUCGAAAGCCCUCGUUCAUAAUUCUGUGCAUGUCCCUUGUUUGCAUUCUCCUCGUACUUAUCUCCCCGUCAAAAACUACAUCACCUACAUGUAUCAUGUCUUAUAUCAGCUACUGUCGUGAUGUCACCCAGCUCCACUCGGAUCCUCAGUAUCGUAGCUUCAUCCUCACGUACACGGAUGCUACGUUGCAAUAUCAUACCAUGUAGCUCCAUUUUCCACGAUCACUCCACAGUAUUCCAGUAGAUGUGUAAUCAAAUCUUAUAUAUGUAAGCCACUAGCUUACCAGAGUUCCCAUAAUCUACAUAAACAAUACCGAAAAACACAGGCUUUCAGUAUCACUGCCUUUUGGCAUAACAGUUAAGCGGACGACAGUCUUGACUAA